ACACCGAACCGAAUCAACACAAAAUGUCCACCGAACAGGCCGAAAAACUGGCGCCAGUAUCUGAAAGUCUCAUCGCCAAAGACACAAAUGGCACUGGGCAAGCAGAAGGCCUUGAAAAGCUGGGAUACGUGCAGGAACUAACCCGCAAUCGAUCCCUCUUCACCCUUCUCUUCCAGACACUCGCCAUCGCCGCCAUCCCUUAUGGCGAGGGAGGCCCUCUGAUGAGCGCCAUCUACGGUGGUGGUCCGCUCUCCAUCUUUGUGGGCUGGAUUGUCGUCUGCAUCUUAGAUGAAUGUGUCGCUCUCUCGCUCGCUGAGCUGGCUUCACGCUGGCCUACCUCUGCAGGUCCAUACUACUGGUCCUUUCAGAUUGUGCCUCAGCGAGCCAAAACCGUGCUUUCCUUUAUCAACGGCUGGGUCUGGCUUAUUGGGAAUUGGACAAUCACCCUCUCUGUCAACUUUGGAUUUGCGUCUCUACUCUCCGGAACCGUCUCCAUGUAUCAUCCCGACUGGUCUGCGAAUGAUUGGCAGCUGCUUCUGAUCUUCUAUGCAAUUUGUCUUGCAUCCUUCGUCAUUUGCACGUUUGGAAACCGGUUCCUGCCUAUGAUUGACACUAUCUGCGCUGCUUGGACUGCUAUCAGUAUCCUGAUCAUCAUGAUUGCACUUUCCGUCAAGGCUGAUUUGGGUCGCCAUGAUGCUUCAUAUUCUCUGGGUCAUUACGAUACCAGUUUGUCAGGUUGGGGUGGUUUUACAUUCUUCAUCGGGCUCUUACCAGCUGCAUACUGUUUCUCAGCGGUCGGUAUGAUCUCUUCCAUGGCAGAGGAAUGCUCAAACGCCGUCGUCAAAGUCCCUCAAGCCAUUUCUCUAUGUGUUCCGGUCGGUGGAAUUGCAGGAUUGUUCUUCAUAAUCCCCAUCUGCGUCACUUUGCCCCCCUUGGAGGACAUCAUUUUGGCCCCCGCUGGACAGGCGUUGCCAUACAUCUUCCAAGCUGUUAUGGGCUCACCCGGUGGUGGAUUGGGGCUUAUUUUCUUGGUUUUGGCCAUCACUCUGUUCUGCUCAAUCAGUAUCACGGUGGCAGCAUCACGAACAACAUACGCCUUUGCCCGUGACGAGGCUCUCCCCAUGUCCAAACUUUGGGCUCAAGUCCAUUCUGGCCUGGGCGUGCCCGUCUGGUCUUUGGCUUUGGUGACUGUCGUCCAGAUGCUGCUCGGUCUGAUUAACCUAGGUAGCUCAAGCGCCUUCACAGCUUUCGUCUCCGUCGGCGUCGUCGCUCUUGCAAUCAGCUACGCAAUCCCCAUUGGCGCCAGCGUGUUCCACAAACGUCAAGAAGUCAACAAAGCCAAAUUCAACUGUGGGCCUGUCUUGGGGCUGGUGGUUAACAUCAUUGCGUUGUUGUGGAUUGCAUUUGAGUUGGUGUUGUUUUGCAUGCCGACUGUUUUACCAGUAACUGCUGUUUCGAUGAAUUACGCAGCUGUUGUGUUUGUGGGAUUCAUGGCAAUUGCAGCGGUGUGGUAUGGCAUCUAUGCGCGGAAGACAUACAAAGGACCUCCCGCUUCUGACGGUCUGUAGACCGUCACUGCCACUACGGAUCUAGGGUGAUCA